GUCGCCAAGAAUCGUCUCAGACGUCUUUCGACGUAUUUUAAAUGUUGAUGAUUAUUUUCCCUUUCUUCUUUUUUUUUUUUUUGCUUUAGUACUCACAACUUACAUUUUUCUUUUUCAUUAUUGAAUUAUAACUUUUAUUGAUAUUCUAUUACGACAGUUAAGGUUUUGACAAUGGAAGGUAUGAGAAACCGCGCAGAGGCUUAUGGCUGCAUUGAAAUUGCAAAAGGAUAUAUAAAAAAAAAAAAAUUACAUAGUGCCCUGAGACUUUCAAUUAGAGCUUAUAAAUUAUUUCCAACACCUGCUUCGAAACUAUUUAUGAGAACAUUGAAGUCUAGAGUGGAACAAUCAAAUAGUAAACAUUUGUACAGUAAUCAAUCAAUAAGCAAUGAAAUUAUUACUGUGGACAGUUCUUCAGAAUCUUCUUCUGAAAGUGAAAAUUCUGAUACAUCUACUAAUUAUGAUUCUAACUAUGAUCCACAGUCACCAGAACAACCAAAAAAAAUCAAUGAUACAACUGAUCUUCGUUUGAUCCGAUUGUCUGAACAAACGAAUAAACAAGAAGCCCUUAAAUAUCUUCGAAAUGCAGAACAAUGUAUUGCAAUGAAUCAGAUUGACUUAGCUGAACAAUUUGUCCUUAAAUCACAAAAGCUUCAUCCAACAUCUGCAAUUGAUGAUUUUUUUCAACUGCUUGGAGAAAUAAGAGAGAAUAACAAGCAAAAAUAUACAGAAGAACAAGCAAAUAUUGUCGAAAAAGUGGCCAAUAGUGAAAAUUACUAUUCAAUGUUUGAUCUAAAUCAUACUGCAACUGUUUCUGAAAUAAAAGAAGCUUAUGAUAACUUAGCCUUGUUAUUAGAUCCAGAAAAAAAUCAAGCUCCUGGAGCAGGAGAAGCAUUUGAGGUUAUUUCUAUUGCUGUUGAUACAUUAUGUGAUAAUGAAAAACGUUUAACUUAUGAUCUAAGUUUAAACAUCUCAUCAAGUUCUCCAUAUAAUCAUACUCUUGAUGAUAAUAAGAUUGAAGAUUCUAAUCAACAUUGCCAAUCACCAGAGUUAGAUGAUAACUCAUUUUGGUCUACGUUAGAUUUUCUUUAUGAUUCUGAAAAUGAAAAUGAAAAUGAAAAUGAAGAAUAUGAUUCUGAAAGUGAAAAAGAUGAUUAA